AUGCCUAUGGAAGAGGAAGGUGAGCCUAACCCUAAGAGGUCUCGUGCUGAUGAAUGGAAGAAGGAAGACACUGAUAUCCGUGCCCUGCCCAACUUCAUUCAUCAGAAGCCUGACUAUUUGAGGGAACCUUAUGAAUAUUUCUCCCAGUUCUUCACAGCUGAAUUGAGGGAACACAUUGUGUAUCAAUCCAACCUGUACUCAAGACAGAAGGAUGUAGGCAGCAACUUCCACAUGUCAGAAGAGGAUCUCAUGGUUUUCCUUGGCCUCAUCGUGUACAUGGGCCUGGUUCCUCUCCCUAGCAUAGUUGACUUCUGGGCCGUGAACACCAGGAUUCCUCAAGUUGCAGACUUAAUGUCCAGGAACCGCUUCAAGGCAAUUCGAUCUUCCCUUCACUUCAGCGACAAUGACCAGGCAGCUGCAUCCCAAGAUCGGUUCUUCAAGGUGAGAGUCCCCUUCACCAAGGUCACCAGAGAGUUCUUGAAAGUUCCUGAGACUCCUAUCCACUCCAUUGAAGAAGUGAUGGUCGCCUAUAAGGGCACAAGGGCUGGUAACCUUCGCCAGUAUGUCGCAAAGAAGCCUGACAAGUGGGGCUUCAAGUUGUUCUGCCGCUCCAGUGUGGAUGGGUUUGUGCAUGAUAUUCUUAUGUACCAAGGGGAGACAACCUUUGUGAGCCACCAUACUAUGCUAUCUGAGGAGGAGAAAGCCAUGUCUGUAACUUCCAAGUUUGUUGUCGCCUUAGUGAAUACCAUCAAGGACCCCAGUAACUCAGCAGUGUAUGCAGACAACUACUUCACAAGUAUAGGGUUGGCCAAGUACUUGAGAUCACAGUAUGGAUGCCGGUAUGUGGGCACUACCAGGGAAAACCGAGUUGGUCAUCCUCCCCUGACGUCUGUGAAGGAGAUGAACAAGAAAGCAACACAAAGGGGGACACUGGACUGUCUCUUCUGA